UUUAACUAUUUCAACCAAAAAAAACCUCAAGCUCCAAACGAGCACUAAGGGUCCUCCAAAAUCAAAGCAGUAGAAAUACGACGGCGUAACGGCCUGAGAAGCCUCUAUUAUCGUCAUCGAAGUCGAGGAAGUGGUCUUGCAAAGGAAACGGAUGACUCUUUCUUUCUUCAAUUAUGGCAUCAAUUUGGGCCUUCCAACUUCAUGCCUCUUCGUUUCCGCCUUCAAUCUGUGUUUCGAGUCAUCAAAUUUCGUCAAAUGUGCUGGAAAUUAGAACCAAAUUGAGGUUUAAUUACGGUUGCCUGGAUUGGAAUCGAAAGAGGACUUGUCGAAAGUUUGUGUUGGGAGCUUUGAGCGAUUCUGGGAGCUCUGUUGACGACAACAAGCGCAUUCAAAAUGAGGUUGUUGAUGCCAAGAGAGGGAGGGUGCUGCUGGAAAAUUUGAAAUUUCAAGCUGCAAGAUUGCAAGAAACGGUUUCUUCUUUUCCUCCCGUAGUUUUCGUGAUGAAAAGACAGUCUGGAACUAAUUUUGCAAUUGGGCUGUGUAUUUUGGCAACAAUAUUGGUUAUUGCGGUGAGACUUUAUGUGGUGAAGAAGUCAAGGUAUAGCCAUCCUGGCUCUGUAGCUGAUCUUGUUAGGCGUGGCCAGCUAAGAUCUGAUAGAAGAGGCAUCUCAGCACCUCUCAAAUAUGAAGAUCCAUUCAAUAACCCAUUGGUGAAGGUUGGUAAGAGCACUUCAACUAUUGAGAUGUGUGGAAAGGUUUAUCGCUUAGCACCAGUGACUCUCACAAAAGAGCAACAAACCAUCCAUCAAAAGAGGAGAUCACAUGCAUAUCAGUGGAAAAGACCAACAAUAUUUCUUAGAGAGGGUGAUCCAAUACCCCCUGAUGUGGACCCUGAUACAAUUAGGUGGAUUCCUGCAAAUCAUCCUUUUGCAACUACUGCCAGUGACAUUGAUGAAGAUUUGGCUCAAAACAAUAUGUACCAGAAACAUGGUGUUCCAUUCCGUAUUCAGGCUGAGCAUGAGGCACUGCAGAGAAAGCUUGAAGCACUACAGAGUGGACAAAAACUUAAUAAGUUAGUCGUAGAUCCUGGUGCUGCCAAAGAUUUUGAAAGACCAUUCAAAUCCCAUCUGAAGCCAGAUGAGCAUUUAGAACAAAGCUUACCUUCUAAUCAUUUGGGCUCCAACCCUUCCAAAUCAAAGCAAGUCCCCAACUCCUUUGGAAGCAAUUCAAACUCUGAAGAAAUGCCAAAAGCCUAGGGUACAUCUGUGUUGCAGCAAUAUUCUUCCCACCUCUCGAGUUGCAGCAACCACCAAUCUUUGGAAUUUUGUGAAGAAAGAGUCGAACUAUUUGAAGUUGACACCAGAGGCUCUGUGUCGUCCUGUUGCAAGUCCAAAGAUCUAAUUCAAACUGGCAAAGGGUCACAAGUGUAAAUAAUAGUAGCAAAUACACCAGAGGCUCUGUGUCGUCCUGUUGCAAGUCCUGUGUUCUCUAAUUUUCAUAUUGCUAUAUAUUUCUUUGGAGAGCCUUCUAUGUACAAUACAAUCAUUAUAUCCCUCUAUUACAGCCUUGAACAUCAGCAUCGCCACUAAUAGUAGCAAAUAAUAAGAUGGUUACUAUUAGUACUACCUGAUUUCUUUGA